ACGGCGCACGCCUAAAGUUGGCCAGCAGAGGCACCGGCGUAAUUUCAGUACUCACAAGCGCGCUCCUCUACAGGUUAGAGCGAGCGGCACACAACACACAGCACGUCAUACACACAUAAGAGACGGUGGCAACGCUCUCUCAUCAGCAGCCAGCAAACUGUCCAUUGCAUUUAUUCACAGCAGUUUUUUUCUACCCUCAGCAGCAGCCAGCCAGCACUCCGCAAGUCAGAAACUUGUCAUCGGUUAGUGCGACAGACUUUUGCGCGAGUGAUGCUUGAAUGUGACGACUGACCCUUUUCGCCGGCGGGGAGGGGGGUCUUCAGCAGCGACCAUGGUGCGUCAGGGCACCACCAGUUUCGGCGGCGAGCAAGUGAACGGUGGAGCCGGCGCCGACUCCGAGUCGGACGUGCCCAUGUCCGAUUUCGAGGACGACGAUGACGACGACGACGACGAUGAGGACGAUGACGAGGAGGAUUUGCCCUACCCGGGCUUCAUCCCCCUGGCCCUCGGAUGCCUGGACCAGCAGACGCGACCCAGGAACUGGUGCCUGCGGAUGAUCACCAAUCCGUGGUUCGAGAGGGUCAGCAUGAUGAUCAUCCUGCUCAACUGCGUCACCCUGGGCAUGUACCGGCCGUGCAUCGAUGACGACUGCACCACCAGCAGGUGCAAAAUCCUCCAGAUUUUUGAUGAUUUCAUUUUUGCCUUCUUCGCCAUCGAAAUGUCCAUCAAGAUGCUGGCCAUGGGGGUGUACGGGAAAGGAACGUACCUGGCUGACACGUGGAACCGGCUCGACUUUUUCAUCGUCAUGGCUGGGGCGCUCGAAUACUGCCUGAACGUGGAGAACAUGAACCUGUCAGCUAUUCGAACCAUUCGAGUUCUUCGUCCUUUGAGAGCCAUCAACCGUAUUCCAAGUAUGCGCAUUCUGGUGAUGUUGUUGCUGGACACCCUGCCCAUGUUGGGCAACGUCCUGCUGUUGUGCUUCUUCGUCUUUUUCAUCUUCGGCAUUGUCGGCGUGCAGCUGUGGGAGGGAAUCCUACGCCAGCGUUGCUUUCUCAAGCAGUUGCCCAACAUCAGCUACCCGCAGCCACUGAGUUCGUACUAUCGCUACCUGGAGCAAGACCGCGACUACAUUUGUUCCAAACCGGAGGACAACGGCAUGCACACGUGCUCCAACCUGCCACCAUACCGGCACAACGGAAUCGAGUGCAACGGCACCGCGCUCCCCUUUAGCUCCAACAUCCCCACGAACGCUAGCUGUGUUAACUGGAACCAAUACUACACCGAGUGCAAGAGCCAGGGCAACAACCCCUUCCAGGGGGCCAUCUCCUUUGACAAUAUCGGACUUGCUUGGGUCGCCAUUUUUCUUGUGAUUAGCUUAGAGGGUUGGACGGACAUUAUGUACUACGUGCAGGACGCGCACUCAUUUUGGGACUGGAUCUACUUCGUCCUCCUAAUUGUGAUCGGCUCCUUCUUCAUGAUAAACCUGUGCCUAGUCGUGAUAGCUACGCAGUUCUCUGAGACUAAGAAGCGCGAGAUGGAGCGGAUGCGGCUGGAGCGGGCGCGCUUCCACUCGUCCUCCACGCUGGCCAGCACGCAGAACUCGGAGCCGACCACGUGCUACGCCGAACUGGUGCGUUACACUGCGCACCUGUGGCGCAGGGCCAAGAGACGCAUCAUAAACCGCUACCGGCUCUACCAGUGCCGCAAGCAGCAGCGUAACAACACACAUCCACCCCUAUCCUUUCAGCCCUGCGCCAGGCACUCGGAGUUUGUUUGUAGGCACGGGAUGAGCAGAAAAAGCCAGGCCGGUCCUGGUCCACCGCCGCCGCGCGUUCUGGAGCACGAGGAGGCCGGUCGCGGACCGCCAGUGUGUCCGGUCGGGCCCCGACCGCCUGACGAGCCCGAAUUGAAUUCGCCGCCGUCGAUUCACGCCCCCAGGGCUAGUCCAGAGGUGUCUGACAUCGACCCUCUGUCAAGUCCGAGGAACAAACAGAGCGGCCCUAGCGGUGGGUUGCUUAGGGUGCCCUCUUUCAAUGGAGCUUGGGAAGGAGAGGGUGGAGGGAAUGGUGGAGGGCUUCUGUCCCCAGGCAAUGGCAACGCCAGGAGACGCAGCAGCGUCAUGUUCAGCGACGUGGUGCUGCUGCACGAUGAUCAGGGCAGCAGCAACAGCGCUCCUGGAGUCACUAAGAACGUUUGCUCUAGCGAGAAGAUGACCCAGGCUGGCGAUGGGCACAUCCAUUCUUGGCGAGGCGGACGAGGACUCUCGGCACAAAGUUCGUUUGACGCUGGCGGGGCGGCCUAUCAAUUAGACCUGCAUCGCCAGAGCACAAUAUCAGCGCCGGCCCCGAUGACUUGUCAAGAACUUUUGGCCCUCAGCGGUGCCCUCAGCGCCGCCCUGCCGACGCAGCUCGCCCUAGACUCGAGGCACGUGCAUUCUUUCUUUUCGUCGCUCAGCAAGGGCGACAGGAGGCAUGUGUCCGCCCCCGCUGAUCUGCAGAACGACCAGAUGGAAUGGGACUCGGACGUGGACGAGUGUGGCGAUUGCACGUCUGAGUGUGAGGCUGAGUGGUACGCCCACGAGCAGUCGUGCUGUUACCAACAAGCCCUGCGACCUCCGGCCCAGAAAAGCUGUUGUUCUCGCUGCCUGGGCAGCGUGCGGCGGAUGAUCAAAGCACUCGUCGAGCACAAGUACUUUCAGCAAGGCAUUCUGCUCGCCAUUCUAGUCAACACUCUCAGUAUGGGCAUUGAGUACCACAACCAGCCUGAAGAGCUGACUGUCAUUGUGGAGUACAGCAAUGUUGUGUUCUCGGGAAUUUUCGCCGUGGAAAUGCUGCUCAAAAUCACCGCAGAGGGGCCUUUUGCUUAUAUAAGUAAUGGAUUCAACGUCUUUGACGGCAUCAUUGUUGUCCUCAGUGUGGUGGAACUCUGCCAAACAUUCCUUGGGUCGCGCGAAGGCAGCUCAGGACUAUCCGUCCUGCGAACCUUCCGGCUGCUGCGCAUCCUCAAACUGGUCAGGUUCAUGCCCAAUUUGCGCCGCCAGUUGUUCGUCAUGCUGCGAACCAUGGAUAACGUGGCGGUUUUCUUUGCGCUUUUGAUUCUCUUCAUUUUUAUAUUCAGUAUUUUGGGAAUGUACUUAUUUGGCGGUAAGUUUUGCAUGUGGUAUGAUGGAACGAGGGAAUGCUCUUGUCAUGAAAUCGUCAAUCAUGAUCCAAAGUGUGUUUGUGACCGCAAACAUUUUAACAAUAUCCUAUGGGCGACAGUCACGGUAUUCCAGAUCCUGACUCAAGAGGACUGGAACGUGGUCUUGUUCAACGGCAUGGAGAAGACCAGUCACUGGGCGGCCCUCUACUUUGUUGCCCUCAUGACCUUUGGCAACUACGUGCUCUUCAACCUGCUGGUCGCUAUCUUGGUCGAGGGAUUUUCCGCCGAGAGAAAUGAGCGACUCGAGCGAGAGCAAAGAGAGCUUGCCAAGGCUCAGCAGCAGGAGGCGGCGGCCCAGGAGGCGGCGGCAGCAGCAGCAGCGGCGGCUGCAGAGUACGACCCUGAGGACUCAGGGGGCUCUGGCAGCAGCAGUUCCUGCCUGGAAAACGUUAUGAAGCCAGACAACCCUGUGAGGAACAACUUUGGACAGCAGGAGAGAGAAAACGCGUGGAAGGUCAGGACCCAAGUUGAGUUUGAACCAAAAUGCAACAUCCAAAAAGAAAGCCAAAUGCUGCAACAACAGCAGCAACAGGGUGGCCAGCAGAUUAGCCUUUCGCCACCCCCGACGAUGCCGCCGGCGCCCGUAAUAACCCACACGGCGGCCACACCGCAAGACUCGCCGAACGCCACCCUCGAGCCUGGCGCCGUUGGCCUGCACAGGCUCAAUCCUAACAUUAGUUUAUACGCCAGUUCUCUUUCCAUUGAUUCCAUCGACAGAUCAUCACGUAUCCAGAGACUUUGGGAAAACCGCCUGCAUUUUUCAUCCCAGUGCAGCAUUCCAGGCCUGUUGAGGCCACCGGCCCAGGGUCCCAGUCACUCACACGCGUCCCGCGAGUCCUCAGGGUCGACAAACUCCAGCUCUAACACACCACGAAGAGUCAGUCUUUCAGUAACUCCACCAAGUGGCUCCAGACCUAGCUCUGGACUGAAUAGGACAGCAGGUUGGCGAAUAUCAAGGCCAUCCCUCCGAUCACGGCAGAGGAUUCAGGGCGCCGAAGAGGUCCCUGAGGACUUUGUACUCAACAAUGGUGCUCACAACAACUCGUACCAACAAAAUCGUCAAAACAAUAAUCUCGCAGUGCCUCCCAUGCAAGAGGGCGACCAGCACUUGCACUGCAAUGGAGGUCUCCUCGGCUCGAUACGUAAUGAUACUCAGUCGCCUGCACGCAACAACCUGCUCUCAGUGCAGGCACCCACCACGUCCACGUGUUCCCUGAGACGCCCUUCAGCGUGCUCCACGCUCCUCCCACCAUCGGUCUCUAAUCCGUCAUCAAGAUCUCCAAGUAUAGCUCCUCCGCAUUCCCCAUUCUUGCAGGGUUCGUCCUGGCAAAGACACCAUGCACACUACCACCACGGCCGGCACAGCUCCCUCUGCGAGGGGGCGCACGUGCCAAUGCGCCUGCUGCACCAUCGACCCUCCUUGGGACCUCAGGUGGGUGGCUAUAGGUCGCGCAACGCGUCCAUUUGCCUGCAUCACCACCCCAUCGGCCCGUCAAAAUCCUACAACAGCCACAAACUGUCCACAUCCCCACUACCCCAGGUUAAGGUCACGACAGAGGAGGAAGAGCCCAACAUCAAGAAGAUCUUCAAAUUCUUCGAGCCGAGGGGAUGCCUGAAGGAGAGGGACGACUAUUCCCUCUACAUUUUCUCGCCGACCGACUCGAAAAUUCGCAAGUUAUGUUGCUGGAUAGUGGAGCGGAGGUGGUUUGACAAUGUGGUGCUGUUCUUCAUCGGCCUCAACUGCAUUACCCUGGCCAUGGAGAGACCGAAUAUACCGCCCGACUCCACUGAGAGAAUAUUUCUUGCCACUGCAAACUAUGUGUUUACCGCCGUUUUUGCGCUAGAAAUGUUGAUCAAAGUGAUAGCCACUGGUAUGUUUUACGGCCGCGAAGCGUACUUCACUUCAGGCUGGAACAUCAUGGAUGGCGUGCUCGUUCUCAUCUCCAUAGUUGAUCUGCUUAUGUCCGUGAUUUCUGAAAGCAGCCCCAGAAUAUUUGGAAUAUUAAGAGUUUUUCGGUUACUUCGAUCUUUAAGGCCGCUGAGAGUCAUCAACAGAGCGCCGGGCCUCAAACUUGUAGUACAAACGUUGUUAUCAUCAUUGAGACCCAUCGGAAACAUUGUCCUGAUUUGCUGCACAUUUUUCAUUAUUUUUGGAAUCCUAGGUGUACAGCUAUUCAAAGGUGCAUUUUACUACUGUGAAGGGCCAGACAUUAAGAAUGUGAGAAAUAAGACUGACUGUUUGGCCGACAAGAAAAACUCGUGGGUUAACAGAAAGUACAAUUUCGACGACCUGGGCAAAGCGCUCAUGUCAUUGUUCGUGCUCUCAUCCAAAGACGGUUGGGUCAACAUCAUGUACACCGGCCUCGACGCAGUCGGCGUUGACCAACAGCCCAUCGAGAACUUCUCGGAAUGGCGCCUGCUUUAUUUCAUCUCAUUCCUGUUGCUUGUCGGCUUUUUCGUACUCAACAUGUUUGUCGGUGUUGUGGUGGAGAACUUCCACCGCUGUAGGGAAGAGCAAGAAAAAGAAGAGAAGGCAAGGCGGGCAGCCAAAAGGGCCAAGCAGAUGGAGAAAAAGAGAAGAAGGAUGCACGAGCCGCCCUAUUACGCCACCUACUCGAGGCCCAGACUUUUGGUCCACAACGUAGUCACCUCGAAAUACUUUGACCUGGCCAUUGCAGCAGUCAUCGGAUUGAAUGUGGUCACCAUGGCGCUUGAGUUCUACAUGAUGCCCAAAGCUCUCUCAUACGCGCUCAAAAUUUUCAACUACUUUUUCACAGCGGUUUUCAUCCUUGAGUCCAUGAUGAAACUACUCGCCCUUGGAAUGCACUUAUACUUUAAAGACAGAUGGAACCAGUUGGACGUAGUGAUAGUGAUUUUGUCCAUCGUGGGAAUCGUUCUUGAAGAAGUUGAGUCAAAAAUAAUUCCGAUCAACCCUACCAUCAUCAGGGUAAUGAGGGUGCUAAGGAUAGCCAGGGUUCUGAAACUUCUGAAAAUGGCCAAAGGUAUCAGGGCCCUUCUCGACACGGUGAUGCAAGCCCUGCCGCAGGUGGGCAACUUGGGCCUUCUCUUCUUUCUUCUCUUCUUCAUAUUCGCCGCCCUUGGAGUCGAGCUUUUCGGCAGACUGGAAUGCAGUGAAGAAAUACCCUGUCAGGGCUUAGGCGAGCACGCGCAUUUCAGCAACUUCGGCAUGGCUUUUCUGACCUUGUUCAGAGUGGCCACUGGUGACAACUGGAAUGGCAUAAUGAAAGACACCUUGCGGGACACUUGUGAUGAUGCGGCCGACUGCGUACGCAACUGCUGCGUUUCCACGGUUAUUGCGCCAAUUUUCUUCGUCAUCUUCGUGCUGAUGGCGCAGUUUGUGCUCGUGAACGUCGUCGUCGCGGUCCUUAUGAAGCAUCUAGAAGAGUCGCAUAAGCAGAUGGAGGAUGAGCUUGACAUGGAGGUGGAGCUGGAGAGAGAGCUUCAAGCGGAACAAGAGGAAGCUGAGGAGGCGGAGGCUGCAGAGGCCUUGCAGCAGGCGCUACGGUUAACCAUGCAAGAGGAGGAAAACAACUUGGGGCGUCACAAACAACUGAGCAAGGUGCUCUCACUACCCGCUAAUUUCACAUUUAGUUCUAUGGAAGAAGGACACGCCGGAACUAACGCGUCAGGCCAAGCUUUAUCUAAGGAAGCUGCAGACGCGCCGUCAGGGCCUCAGGGCAUCUCUCAGCCGCUGCGCCCGACGCACCUGACGCCGCUGCGCCGACGAGUGCCGCCUGCCUACCCGGCCAACAACUGUCCAAAGGCGAUGCUGUGCCGGCGCUCGGGCAGCGAACCGAGCAUCGCGGCCGCCUCCGGGGGCGGCGCGGGUGGUCGCGCAGCAGAGCGCAAGAUGCUGCGACGACCCGGCAGCAGCGGUAGCCUGCACUCCCUCGUAUUGCCGCGCGACACGUCAAGCGGGCUGUCGCCCGAGUGCGUGGCCCCCGGUAAAACCAUGGUGCCCCCGCCGUACCAGACCCCGAGCAGCGAGCAGGCCCCACCCCUCGGGGUCACCACGCCGACCUUCUCGUUCUCGUACAGUGACAGCUGCAGUGAGACAGUCAGCAGCUCCGAGUCUAUCACCUCGCCGUCGGAACUCUAGUGAGCGAAGUCGCGUUGAUAUAGUUUUCGUUUUUGGCCUAUAUAAGUCAGUUGUUCGUCUAGAUUUAAACGCAUACACGCAAAUGAAAGUGAGAUUGGGAUUCGGGGUGAGGCCUCUUCUGGCGUACGCUUUACCUGAAACAGGGCAUCCGGCGGCCGACACGCUUUUUUGGGGAUCUUUCGCCUUUUUCGUUGCUAACUUGGUUCCUUUUCGGUGGUUUGACUAUGAUGAGAGCUUAAUAUCCUUGGAAUAUUUGUGUGAUUUCAAUCAAAUGCUGCCUUUUAAGCAUGUAAAUCAAGCGUAGUGCGUUUAUUUCCUCUUUUGUUCGCUCGUUUUACAUGUUAUGCUACAAUUAAUCAAACACGCGCAAUUCAUCUUUACAUACAAUCCGGUUCAAAAGUACAUAAUGGAAAAAAUGCCUUCUGUGAAAGCUAAAAUUGCAUACUUUCGGCCUCCCUUCUAUCUGCCCUGCUGGAGACAAAAUGAAUAUUCAUUGAAACGUUUCGCGAUUGCUGAUUGGGAGUGAGUUCGUUCACUUCUGUUGCAUAUGCUAUAAAGCUGAAAAGAAAUUUAUGAUUACAUUAACGUAAUAUGAAAUUCUGUGAUAGGGUUUGUGUGUAAAAGUAAUAUUCCUCAAAAUAAGUGUAAUUUCGUGUAGAGUCGAUUUUUAAAUGUAAACGUGUUGAUCGCUCUGCAAGAGAGAAAAAGUAGUAAAUGGUGAGCUGAGUGUUGAUUAUGGAUGACGGUAGCUCGUUCAAUAUUAAAAAAUUUGAGAGUGCAGAACUCACCUUUGUAAAAGAAGAAAAACGUUGUCAAUUUUGUGUAAAAUUUUUAAACCCUUUGAACGUUUUGGAAGCGUAUGUAAUUUAUAAAUUCGCAAAAAAGGGUAGCAGUAGAAAGAGAGCAAAAAAGAGUAAAUUGUCAUAUUUGGUGUAUGCAGUUCACGAAUUUUUGUGAGUCUUUGAGAGCCACAAAAUUAUAAUCUAUAGUGAAAUCGACCAUUGGUGAAUGUAACCUUCGACAAACUUGAUAAUCCAUGUGAACGGUCCCAUUAAUUAUAACGUUGGCACGAGCGUGUGAGCCACGCGCAAAUUUUGUUUGUAAAUGUACCAUACUAAGGAAGCUCGAUUUUCUUGGCAAGGGAUCGCGGAAACGCCAAAAAUUGUCCGCACCAGGCCCAAGGAAACAGUCCUUCCUCUUUGCCACGGGGAAAUCUCGCUCAUUUCGACACGAUUCCAGUUUCCCUCUCUUUAAAAUACACUUGCAAAAGCUCAACUCUUCACUCUGUAUCUGUUAGGCCAAUAUUUCCCCUGCAGGAAGAUAACCUUAUGUAGUUGAUUCGAUUUACAUGUCAUCCCUCUAUCUCUUGGGAGAAUUUAGCGAAAGAAAAGGAAACUCUAUAGGUAUCGUAAGCAAAGACACAAGACGCCUCUCAUUCUGCGACAAGAGCAAUAUUGAUAUAUUUUUUAGACACUACGUAGCAGUUGAGGUGCAUACAUCCUUUGACUUUGAAAACAUCUCCAAACUGUGCCUUUUUAUAUUUUAAAGUCACACAGUGUGCGAUGAGCACAGACUAAUGAGGCGCGCGCAGUCAGGUCCAUCUUCUAUCACUAAUACUAAUUUUUGCUUUUAAGAACAUUCCCCCAUAAAAACGGAUUAAUACAUUUUUUUCUAAUUAAGAAAAGCUAUUUUCCUCCAGGUCUAAACGAACGGUUUCUGCGAAAGGUUUUCGAAAUCAGAUAAUAAUUUAUAAAUUGAUAAUACUUUUUAAUUGAUUUAAUUCAAUUUUCCAAAUCUCACAUUCC